AUGGAUCUUGAGCUCCAUGAUAUUUAUAUGGAUCAUGAACCAAAGCAGGAGUUUGUGACUUCACUUGAUAAACGUAGGGACAUCUUUCUCAAUGUUCUACUUAGUGAUGAAAACUUAAGGAAUUCAAGCAUGGCUGAUGAAAUCAGAGCACAAGUUUAUCAUGCUAAUGAAUGGCAAAGUGAUGAAGAAGAGGCGGCGAAGAAUAAGUAUAAAAUUCAUGAUCCAAACACACCAUUGGACAAGAUGGAACCUAAGGUAGGUGAUAUACUUUGA